AUGUUCUUGAAAAAAUCUUCAGAAUCUUCACUGCAAACAUCUCAUUCUUUCACCCUACCUUCAGAAGAGGAUAGUGUAUUAUUCAACAAAUUAUUAUACCUCGGAUGUAUGAAAGUUUCUGCUCCCCGCAGUGAAGCAGAGGCCUUGUGUGCCAUGGCAACUUUGAAAAACUCAAAUCCUUCUCCAUCUCCUGUAACUCUUUAUGUUCCAAAUAUUCCAGAUGGUUCUGUUAGAAUAAUAGAUCAGUCCAGCAGUACAGAAAUUGCUUCUUUCCCAAUCUACAAAGUGUUGUUCUGUGUCCGUGGGCAAAAUGGGACUUUGGAAUGUGACUGCUUUGCAUUUACUGAGAGUUACUCUGGCACUGAGGAGUUUCAAAUUCAUGUCUUCUCUUGUGAAAUUAAAGAAGCAUCCGGUACCAAAAGACAGAGAGAAAUUUUACUUCAAACUAAAGCAAGGCCUUGAGAAGAAGAUUAUCAUCACUAUACAGCAGAUUUCCAACAAAGAAUUGGCCAUUGAAAGGUGCUUUGGAAUGCUGCUAAGUCCAGGUCGAAACGUCAAAAACAGUGACAUGCACUUACUGGAUAUGGAGUCUAUGGGGAAAUGUUCAGAUGGUAAAGCUUAUGCAAUAACUGGCCUUUGGAAUCCUAAUAUACCUAUCUUUUUAGUCUUAAAUGAAGAAACUCCUAAGGAUAAGCGUGUGUACAUGACUGUGGGAGUAGAUAUGGUAGUCACAGAAGUGGUAGAGCCAGUUCGUUUCCUGUUAGAGACACUUGUGCGAGUGUAUCCAGCCAAUGAACGCUUCUGGUACUUCAGCAGGAAAACUUACACAAAAACAUUCUGUAUGAAAUUAAAACAGUGUGAAGGGAAAGGCAGUAUAAAUGCUGGAGAUGCAAUCUACGAAGUCUUGAAUCUACAUUGCAAUUCUGAAAAAGAGGAAGAAGCAGUUAGUCCAUUAAGCUUUGCUGAUCAAAUUUCUUUGCAAGAGGAUGAUGCUGAAGAGGGUGAGAGUAAAAUGAACUUAUAUACUUUGGUUCAGUGGUGGGCUUCAAAAAUUGUUCGAACCUACUCUGUAGAAGAUCUAAUUCAUCAAAGAGAUGACAGGAAUCUCCAUAUAUCAGUUACUACUUUAACUAUAUUUCUUAACACAUUACCAAAGACUAAUGAAGCUGGUUUGCAUUCAUGUGCUCAGAACAAUAUCCAUAAAAAUGCAGAUUAA